UCAUAUUCUGCGCCUCAACACCGGCUUGACGUGGCCGUGCUGCUGCCACACAGUCACGGUGUGCGGCGUGGAUGGGGCUGUGCUUUCUCUCUAAGUUUCCAGUUUCGUUUCUCCGGCCCCUUGUCCCCCAUCACAUCCACAUCGGGAUCCCCGCCGCCGCCAUGAAGACCGACCUGCCUGACGGUUGGACAGAGUACGUACCAGUUGGAAAACGUAUUCCCGGAACUCGUUUCAUUGCUUUUAAAGUUCCUUUAAAAAAAAAUUACGAUAACAAGCUCACGCCCUGCCAGCGGUUCUCACCUACCGAUCUUAUCACAGAAAUUGAGAAACAAAAUGAAACGCUGGGACUGAUUGUGGACCUGACAUGCACCAAGCGAUAUUAUUUCCCAGAGGAGUUGCCGAAAACAAUAAAGUAUCAUAAAAUCUUCACAGCCGGACAACAAAUACCCAACAAUAAAGUUUAUCAUGAGUUUAGAAGCGUUGUGAACCGGUAUCUGAGCGAGAACUCUGGAAACAAUAACCUCGUUGGAGUUCACUGUACACAUGGAUUGAACAGGACAGGGUAUUUGGUAUGCAGGUAUCUGAUUGAUGUAAUUGGAAUGGAGCCUUCGGAGGCUAUAGAAAAAUUUAACAAAAGCCGUGGGCACUGCAUGGAACGGGAGAACUAUCUAGAUGAUCUUUUACAUUGCAAUACUAGAAACAACGCUGGAAUAAACCAACCAUCAUUGCCUCAGUACAGCCAUCCUCACCACGACCCAAGAAGGAAUUUCCAUUCAGCACCUAGAUGGUGGCCACCUCAAUGGCACGGGGAGCAGCCAUGGUUUAAUGGCCAUAAUACUACUAGUGCUAUAUCAGGCAGAGGAGGCUUGUUACCUACACCAGUGUAUACCCAGCCACCUGGGUUCUAUAUGCCAGGACCACAGCACCGUAUUCCCCAGAUUGGUGGUGGACCUCGAGGUGGUCAUAGCAGACCUAAUCAUCAUCGUAACAGACACUUUUCACCACAGGGAGGCGCCACUUGGGCACAAGUGUCUGAUUCCAGCUUUUCUCAGCAGAAUGGAGUUAAUUCGGGGAACAGCGCUCCAGUACAGGCCUUUCCACAGCGAUUUACUGGUAAACAGGGUACAGCAGCUCGUGCCUCUGGUCCACAACAUCGUGGGCAAGGUUGCCCUUACCAGAGGUAGCUAGCUCCAGGCCAGGACAUUGAUGACGGUGGCAAUAACAAGUGAUGUUUGGUGAUCAAGUUGCCUGGGACCGAUCCGUUUCUUCAUUUCGUGUAUUGGUUUUCUUUUCUAAUUUUUAGGCUUUUAAUGGACUCUUAAGUAUUGAGCGGUUACUUUUACAAUGGGAUUAAGCCAGUGGUUCCCAAACUUUUGAGUCAUAACAUUUUUUUUAUUUUUUUUUCACGGCAGUCUUAGGCCAAAUGUUUCUUGUUGAGAAAAAUAUGAAGUUACAUAAAUUGUGUUUGUCAUCCUUGGCUUCCGUUAUGUGACAAGGGACAGGAUUCACUUCUGUUCAUGGUUGGAAGCCACAGACACAGGUUUUUAUGAGUUUCAUUGACCGUAAAUAAUUUGAAUUGCUCCUGGACCACUAACCCAGGGCAUCCCUGUAAGUACCCCGAGGCAACCAGUUUGAGAACCACUGAAUUAAGCAGAAUAGUCUAAGUAAAUGCAUUAGAGUGAUGCUGCUAAUUGUUAGUGUUUGAGGUUUGGUGUGCUCAUGCUUUCCGCUGACUGGCAUCUAAAGUAAGAUUCAUCAGGUCUGCUCACCCUGGGUGGAGUGUGGCCAUUUGCAGCACACCAGCGUAGAGCCGGUGUUCCAGGAGCUCUCCAUACCAACAGUAUAAUGCUGCAUUUUAUGUCUGCUACUGCUCAGGCACGAGAUCUUGCCAUGUUACUUACGGUUUUAUAGAUCACACAAGUGCAUGUCUCAUCAUCAAUAACUCCAUUAAAGUGUGUAAGUUCAUGAAAUAUUGCAGGUGCAAGAGCACAGUAGUGUAACCCAGGAAAGGGGCUGUGAAUGGUCUCGGGCUGCAAUAACUUUGUAAAGGCAAAUUCAGCCAAGAAGUAACAAAUCGAGGACAGACUAAUACGGGGCUUCAUGUUGCCUUUCAGGAUAUGUGUGAUGUGGCAUAGCGGAUGCUCGUACAGCAUUAUCUACAUGUGUGUAAGGUGCCACAGCCUUGGUCUUAAAUACAUUUUACCUCCCUCUCUGUAUCGUGUGUUACCUGUCAAAUCAGGGUGGUAUUCAUGUGACCGCCGGUCAGCUGACCGACAGUCACAUGACCUCCUCCAUGAGCCCGACGGCUUACUAUCCCGAUGGUCGGCAUGCCGACCAACAGGGACUAUUUCCACUCGUGGGUGUCCACGACACCCAUAGAGUGGGAAUAGAACCCGUGGCGACCGGUCGCCACCGAGCCCGCAGCGUGGCGAGCGCAGCGACCCCGCAAGGGGCUUGCUGCACUCGCCCCUCCCCGCCGGGAUCCCGGCGUCUGUAAGGUGACCGGCGGUCAGGAGACCGCCGGUCACCAGUACUACACCCGUCAAAUCAUACCUAUUGCUUAGGCCAGUGAUGGGAUACCUUUUGGCACUCCAGCUGUUGUUGAACUACACAUCCCAGCAUGCCCUGCUGCAGUUUUAGCAUGGCCAAAUAGCAAAACUGUAGCAGGGCAUGCUGGGAUGUGUAGUUGCACAACAGCUGGAGUUCCAAAGGUUCCCGAUCACUGGCCUAGGCUCAGUAAAGGCAGCCUUAAUGAAUAUUCAUGUGAAUGUACCCGUGCCCAUUUACUAGGUACUAGUGAUGUUGCAGAGGCUGGUUUUUAUUUUAUUUUAGUAUUUCUUCUGUGUUCUACAGUGGCUUUGGGGAGGAGUCUUGUCUAAUUUUUAGUUAAUUGUAUGUGCUUGUUAUAGGAGACAGGGUUUGUUAAUGGUUUUAGGAUGUGCAUCUCUGUGUAUAUAAUAUGUAUUUAUGUUUAUAUACAUUUACACAAGAAUACAUUGAACUUUUAAAGUGGAUACUGUGUGUUUACAAGCUUAGUAAUCAUUGCACAGUAAGGAGCUGCACACGGUUAUAUCUAUAUGAUGGGGGAGGCAUUUGAAAUUCAUGCUAGUUUUCAUUGUAAUGGUUGUGUGCCUUAUUUGUUUUUUAUGCUCCCCCAAGGCUGAUUCUGGGAGAAAAGCAAUUACUUAGGAAGUAGGUUUACACCUUGGCAAAACCAUGCUGCACUGCAGGUGGGGCAUACUUAGGUGCAGAGAGGUUUAGAUGUGUGAGGUGUGUCCAAACUCAAAUCUACAGUGUGCUGGAACAAUAAAGCUGCCCACUGCCGCUAUUUACCCUGCAUGCCAAAAAAUACAUGUAUAUGCAACAUGGUUUGUCCAGGGACAAAGUUACUUAUUAUGAUUUAUUUUAUUUUUUGUUUUGCUUUUCUCCCAAUUCAGAAGCAGCCCCUUAGUAUGUAGGAGCCAAGCAUGGGUUUUAAAUAAUAAUUAAAUAGCAACAUACCCACACAGGAUUCUCUAGUAUAGAGGAAAAAUAUAAUAAUGAAUUGAUUGUUCACACUGGUGCACAAUGGCCCUCAUUCCAAGUUGUUCGCUCACUAGCAGUUUUUAGCAGCCGUGCAAAUGCUAUGCCACCUCCCACUGGGAGUGUAUUUUAGCUUAGCAGAAGUGCAAACGAAAGGAUCGCACAGCGGCUACAAAAUAAUUUUGUGCAGUUUCAGAGUAGCUUCAGACCUAUUCGGCGCUUGCGAUCACUUCAGACUGUUCAGUUCCUGUUUUGACGUCACGAACACGCCCUGCGUUCAUCCAGCCAUGCCUGCGUUUUUCCUGGCACGCCUCUGGGGUUUUUUUCAAUCACUCCCUGAAGACGAUCAGUCGACACCCAGAAACGCCCACUUCAUGUCAAUCACUCUGCGGCCAGCAGUGCGACUGAAAAGCUUUGCUAGACCUUGCGUGAAACUACAUCGUUUGUUGUAAUAGUACGAUGCGCGUGCUCAUUGAUCCGCAUGCGCAGAACUGCCGUUUUUUUGCCGGAUCGCUGCGAACUAAACAGCUAGCGAACAACUCUGACCUUAUAUGCAUUCUCUUGGCUGCUGUCCCCAUAGAGAGGUACAUUUGUGUAUAGUAAGCACGGUCAAGGAUUUUUUGUGGAAGUUUUUUUGUUUUUUGUAUGCUUUACAGUGCUCCUUUCACAUCCGUGCCAUGGAGACCAUAUGCGGCCUAUCCACCAGUCAUGCUUGUCCUGUUUCUGUGAUGAUUGAAUCCUAUGAAUUUACUAGGAACUUUCUUAUGAGUGUUCGUUGAGCUCCAAAAUGGCUGCCUCCACUAUGUGUAGACAAAUGUGCUUUUAAUAUCAUCAAAAAAGAAAAAAACAAUUGGGUGUUUAUUGCUGUAAGUAAGGGAUGCAGUCAAUGUACUGGCUGUUGGGAUCCCGGCGUUCAGGAGACUGACGCCAGAUGACAUCCUGUCUGCUGGGAUAUUGUAUGUAUUCUGUUAGGAAUGGUGCUGCAUAGUGAAAGAUUAUAAUACAUUUAUUAUCUGAAUGCCCUGUGAAAGCUGCUAACGGUCAUUUCAAUCUAACCAUUUCACACCAGGUAGUAAUUUGUCUUGUAAGUGCAGCCUAAUAAUGCACUAGGAACAAUUGGCGUCACUGUCUCGGUGAUGUCAUUCAUGCCUAGGGGACUGAUUGGUUUAAUAAAGUACAGCUAACACAGUGCCUGAAUUUGCCCAUAGACUAAAGAGUUGCAUUGGGUUUUGUGGCCUGGUCUCUUCUCCUUAGUAUAAGUGUGAGCAGCUGCCUUGGGGUUCCUCGCAAGUCUCCAGUAACUCCAGGCGCGUUACCCGGGAGAAGAGACUUUGGACACGACCCUGGCUAAUGGAGUCUUACUCUGUGUUGGUAUUGCCCUCUUAAUUUGUCUUCUGCCUUUUUGUUUUAGGAGUUCUCCGUAUAAUGACAAAAUACUUGAGGUAAAUGCUCAGACACUUGAAUUUAAUAUAUUGUAUGUAUAUUAAAGUGUAACCGGUGCACAUCUGUUCAAGCCAAUGUAAUUUGCUAGAAAUGUAAGAUAAGCCUGUGGAGCUGAUAGGUUGCAUCGUAUGUACAGUCACUAUUUAAUUUUAUAGUCCUAUUACUGUAACCAAGACUUUGAGGACAUGGUGGGGGAAAGAUGUAACAUUUCUUUUGGAAAAUGGUUGUUUUUUCUCUUAAAACCACCAAAAAUGUAACACCAUUAUGUUAUUGGAAAUAAAGAAUGUGGGUUUCUCUUA